AUGCGUAUUUUUAACGUAGAUCGCAUCCAUCCCACAGUUUUUCACCGUAGUGUUCUUGCCGUUAACAGGAAUACUCAAACGGACUGGUGCCGGAUGAAUCGACAGGUUCAAAUGAGUGUGACAAUGCGACACGUUGCCAUACAAAAUAAGAAGACACAGGUAAAGGAAAAGGCAAAACAUGUCACAAUGAAGGAUGCAGCCGUUCAACUUUCUAAAAGAAUUUCUCGGCAACAGUUGACAGAAAUAAUUGCUGAAAUAAUUAGCCAUGCUUUGGCUGUCAACGAAAAGAACCGACAAUUAGGAAAAAAUUCUGACAAUAAGCUAUCAGUUGCUGGUAAGAAUUCAAAUCAAUUCAGUAGUCCAUUGAGAAAGCGAAAUAAUCUAUCGAAGAAACCAAUGAAGAAAAGUACGGAGUGCUUCAAUAAAGCUAAAUGUCAAAGGUUACCUAUGAAAUUGCCUAAUUUAAUCGAUGAUUGUGCAAAAUUGAGUAUAGAAAGAUUUUGCAACAAGCCAAGAAUUACGAAUGGAUCAAAUAAAUCUCGAAGUCAGUGUUAUGCAAAUAUUUUCUGUAAUCGAUCAAAUAGUUAUAAUUCUAUUUGUCAGCAACAACUGUUACGUAAAUUAGAUCAGUUAAUUACUAAACAAAUAAUGCAACAAAAGAUGCAUGCGAAAAAAUCUAAUAAACUAAGCGAUGCAUCCAAAAAUUCGAAGCGGAAAAUGGAACGAUUGUAUCAAAUGUCCGCUAUUCCAUCACAUCGAUCAGAUAAACGAUCGAUCAGUGCCAGAUUAUCAUUUAUAAACAAAAAUAUUUCUAACGUUUCAAUGUUAAAUAAUUGUGGGUCUUUAACAAAAUCAACAAAUCAAAAUUUAAUACAAAAAUCGAUUAACAACAAAAGCAGUGACAAAAAUAGCAAUUGCUCUAAUCCGAAAGCAACUAUAAGUGAAUAUAAUUCCGGUUCAACUGCAAGACAAUCAAUUGGAAAAUUAAAAAAAAAUUUGACAACCAAAAGACGAAGAAAUUCUAGCCAUGCAAUCAAAAGUGAAAGUGAUCCGGAAAGAUUAUCGGGUAUCAGUAGUGAUAUUGAUUAUAACGAUGAAAACAGCAAUGCUGAAAACGAUAAUGGGAAGAGUUCGACAGCUCGAACAGUCAGCAGUGAAUUUUCAAAUUCAAAUGAAAUUUCGCCAAUUACUGAACUUCAUUCUAUCAAAUGA